GGUGCGUCUGUGCGCGUCGCUCGUCGAGUGUGAGCCUGAGGUCGCUGUUGAGAGCGUCUCUUUUCCGUCCUCUCUUUCGAUUUAGGAGUGAAAAUGGAGAAACGCUGUUUGGACUCGGGAGUCAAAGGAGUCAGCACAGGGACAACCAUCUUGGCUGCCAUCUUUGAUGGAGGGGUCGUGAUUGGUUCAGACUCCAGAGCUUCAAUGGGAGGUGAAUAUGUGUCGUCAAAAACCAUCAACAAGGUGAUUCAGGUUCACGACCGGAUCUUCUGCUGCAUGGCUGGCUCACUCGCAGACGCUCAGGCCGUCACCAAAGCUGCUAAAUUCCACCUGUCCCUCCACAGUAUCCAGAUGGAGACGCCUCCCCUGGUGAUUUCAGCAGCAUCGGUGCUGAAGGAUCUUUGUUAUAAAAACAAGGAGGAGCUGCAGGCCGGCUUUAUCACAGCAGGCUGGGACACGAAGAAAGGACCACAGGUGUACGUCGUAUCACUGGGUGGGAUGUUACACAGUCAGCCUGUGACCAUCGGAGGCUCAGGCAGCACUUACAUCUACGGCUACGUUGACGCCAAGUACAAACCCAAAAUGAGCAGAGAAGAAUGCCUGCAGUUUGCCACUAAUGCUCUUGCUUUGGCCAUGGGUAGAGACAACGUCAGCGGGGGCGUGGCUCACCUGGUGGUGAUCACGGAAACAGGGGUGGAGCAUGUGGUUGUUCCUGGAAACAAGCUGCCCAAGUUCCACGAUGAAUGACAACAACCAUCACAGUUUAAAUGUUGAAUUUCCUAAAUCACAGGUUUGUUUCUAUUUCUGUGCAAUGUAACAACACAACACACAAUCCGAGGAACAAGAAAACAGGAAACAUGGGGGGAAAGGUUUAGUCUGUACAUGAAACACUGAUCAUAAAGGGAAAGAGUGGUGUGACUUGCUGAGUGUGUAUUUAUACACUCUCUAUAGAUCAGGGGUGUCAAACUCAUAUUAGUUAGUGGGCUCAAGUGUGCCAGACCAGUAAAAUAAUAGAAUAAUAAGCUAUAAACAACAGCAAGGACUCCAAAUGUUCCCUUUGUUUUACAUUUAAUGAAGUAUCUUUUUACAAAAUAUAUUAUGAACAACCUGGAAAUUCUUGAGAAAAAUAAGUGCAAUUUCAACAAUAUUAUGCCUAAAUUUACUAUUUACACACAACUUACAGAUGGUACAGAGGUAUCUGGAAUAUAGUAUUUCACAUUAUGAUUAGAUUCUAAUCAUAGUGUGAACUUUUUCACAAAUUAAUUAAGAAGAAAAUCAGUAAUUGAGCCAGUUCUGGCCCGCGGGCCGUAAGUUUGACGCCCCUGCUCUAGAUCAAACCUCGAAAUUCUUUCACUGAAACCAAACAAUUUCCUUUAAAAAAUAUCAAGUUUCUUUUUUGUCUUUAAUGCUUUUUGUUGAUUUUUUUUAAACAUGUAUGUGAAAUUAAAAUAAAUGUAAAUGUUUUCUAAA